AUGCAUCAAGAAAAAAAUAAUGGAAACGGCGAUUUCAUCAAGGUACUUAUUAAUAGGUUCCUUGGCACAGGCGAUAGCGAUCCUGAUCGUCAAAAUGGCCCAAGGGCAGUAGCACGCGAUAAUUCUGGCGAUCUCGCUUUGAUGGGACAACAAACAUCUACCGGGGAGGAGGACAGCAUCAAAAGAAGACAAUUCAGUAUCGCAAAUUCGCCAAAUAGGAAUAGUAUCCUGGAAGACAAUGUGGUAUUGAGGCAGUUCAUCAACUCACAGUUUGACAAGAAAAGAAUUGGGGAAAGCAUUGUGAGAUUACGAGACUAUGUCAUCUCUCAGGUUUAUCAGGAUAGAAGUGCGCCAGACUUGUCGUCAAUGCAGACACCUGAAGGGUCUUGGCCAUGGAAAGAUGAAUUGUUCUCGUAUAUGGGCCUCAUUCCUGCGAUUGUUGCAGCUACAAUGGAGAUCCAAGACACAGAAUCACUCUCGGCGACAAUUGCAGCGACAGUUGUAGUGAUAAGGUACUUUAAAUCUAUUGAAGGGGAAAAUGGCGGCCUAUGGGUUUACACGUAUCGAGCGUCCAGCUGGCUGGCAGAACAAAUAGAGCCAAGCCAACUUGCAACCCUCUUGGAUCAAGCCGGUGAUCUAUUUUAA